AGACAGUGAAGCUUUGUCUGCAUACACUGAAUUCCAUGGCAGAAGUCCACAGAUUAGGUUUACUGGAUUUGUCUGUAAAAAAAAUCAAUCAGUACUCUGCAAUCAAACAGUGCAACUAUACAGAGAUAAACAGUAACUAGCUCUUUCUUGGACAUCAACCUGAUUUUCACAUAUCUCUUAAAAAAUUUUCCAAAAUUGUUGAGAACAUUCUCCGUGACAAAUAUGUUUCCUUUCCACACUUUUCAGUUUCCUUAUUGCUGAUUGUGGGUAAUGAUUUAUUCGAGCUCUCAUUGCACGUACCAGCAAAGUAAAUUCAGCUUCUUCUUUAACAAGAUUCCACUAUAAAUAUAGCUUAAUGAAGAUAAAUAAUCUGUGGAAGUGGACUAGUGGUCUCAAAUUCAGCACCUCAACAUCGUCAGUAAAUGGAAAAUACGAUCUCAUAAUUCAUGUGCAGCAGAAACGGAGGCAAGCGAGGAAGACGGACGUGUGAGGAGCGGACUGCGGUUCCAGGGCGGCAGAUACAGGAUAUCGGCGGUUCGGACGGUGGCAAAAUGCUCAGAAGGUCGUUGUGGAUAGAACCAGAGGCGUGAGCUCAAACGAAACCGGAGCACUCCCCAUGCAGUCACGAGGAGAACACACAGAACCUUUACAGGAGGUGAUAUUUUCCUCCUGCAGAUGACCCAAAACUGGACAAAACACACAGAGGUUGCAGCAUUCGAACAUUGAACAGACAACAGUAAAGCAAAGGAAAGGACUUUGACCCCACAGUGUUGUGCCAAACCAGCAAAAAAAAUUAAAUCAAAAACACCCAAAUACUAAUCCCUCCUACUGACACAACGUCCAUAUCCCUCCAUCUUCCUACGUCCUAUCUAAUCGUCUCUAAUGUAUGUGCCUCUACCACCAUACAGGCAAUGCACUCCAGGCAUCCACCACGCUCUGAGUAAAGAACUUACCCCUCACAUCCUCUUUGAACCUACCCCCUUUCACCUUUAAUGCUUGUCCUCGGGUAUUAGACAUUUCAACCCUGGAAAACAGAUACUCCCCAACUACUUUUAUAUCUAUGCCUCUCAUAAUCUUAUAAAAGUCUAUCAGCUCUCCCUUCAACCCCCACAGCUCCACAGAAAACAACCCAAGUUUAUCCAGCCUCUCAUGACAGCACAUGCCCUCUAAACCAGGCAGCAUCCUGGUAAAUUUCUCCUGCACCCUCUCCAAAGCCUCAAUGUUCUUCCUACAGUGGGGUGACCAGAACUGUAUGCAAUACUCCAGGCCUAACCAGAGUAUGAUAAAGUUGCAACAUAACCUCUUGACUUCUGAACUCAAUGCCUCGACUAAUAAGAGCAAGCAUUCCAAAAGCCUUCUUAACCACCCUACUGACCUGUGUAGCCACUUUCAAGGAGCUAUGAAUCUGGAUCCUGAAAUCUCUCUGCUCAGCAACACUGAUAAGGAUUUUGCCCUUAACAGUGUACCAUCUCCUUGCAUUUUCCCUACUGAGGUGCAACACCUCACACUUAUCUGGGUUAAACGCCAUCUGCCAUUUCUCUGUCCAUAUCUGCAACUGGUCUAUAUUGAGCUGUAUGCUUUGCCAGUCUUCUACACCAUCCACAAAUCCAUCAAUCUUGGUAUCCUAACCCCCCACACCCCAUCUACAUAUUCAUCCAUGUCAUUUAUAUACAUCACAACAGCAGAUCCCUACAAAUCACCCCUAAUUACAGACCCGUGGAAAUCUGCAGAUGCUGGAAAUUCAAGCAACACACACAAAAUGCUGGUGGAAUGCAGCCCCAAUGAAGGGUCUCAGCCUGAAACAUCGACGGACCUCCCGGUUGAAUGAGUCCCUUCAACCUCUACCCUCUGUCUUCUAAGGGCAAGUCAGUUCUGGAUCCAAACAGCCAAUUCACCACGGACCCAGUCAUCUUAACCUUCUGGAUUAGACUCCCAUGGGGGACUUCGACAAACACCUUACUAAAAUCCUUGUAGAUAACAACCACAGCUCUACCCUUACCAAUCUCGUCACUUUGUCAAAAAACUCAAUCGUUGGUAAGACACAUCCAGCUCCACACAAAGCCAUGCUGGCUUUCCCUGAUUAGGCCAUGGGUUUCCAAAUGCUCAUAUAUCCUAUCCUUAAGAAUUUUCUCCAGCAAUUCCCUACAACUGACGUGAGUCUCACCAGUGCAUGGUUCUCAGGAGUUUCCCUUGUUCCCUUUUUAAAAAGAGGUACAACAUUAGCCAAUCACCAGUCCUCUGGGACCUUGCCUUGCUUGGAGAGGACACAAAAAUAAUGGUCAACGCCCCAGCAAUCUUGUCUCUUGCCUCCUUCAAUAUCCUGGGGUAAAUCCCAUCAGACACUGGGGAAUUAUCCACUUUAAAGCUCAUUAGGAGGCCUAACAGUCACUGCUCCUUGACCUCCAAACACUCCAACAUUUAUACACUCAACAAUGAUCUCCCUGUCCCCCAUAUCCUUUUCUUCACUAACUACUGAAGCAAAGUACUCCUCAAGUACCUCAGUCACAUUCUCUGCAUUCAAGCAGAUGUUUCCCCCCCUUAAUUCUUGAAUGGCCCCAUCCACUCCCCAGUUACCCUCCUGCUCUUGGUAUAUCUAUAAUGCCUUGGGAUUCACCUUAAUUCUACUUGCCAAGAACCUUGGGCUUUCAUAAUUCCUUUCAUUAGUUCUUUUCCUGUUUCUUUAUACACCUCAUGUGCUUGUUUGAUCCUAAUUUCUGAAACUUUACGUACCUUUCCUUUUUAUUUCUUGACUAAAUUCAUCACCUCUCUGGACGUCCAAGGUUCUCUUAUCUUUCCAUCCUUGUCCUUCCUUCUAACAGGAACAUACCUUUCCUGUACUCUCUACAAUUGAACUUUAAACACCCACCACAUGUCUUAUGUGGACUUGCCAGAAAAAAAGAUGUUCCAAUGAACUUAUCUUAGUUUCUGCCUAACGCCCUCGUAAUUUGUCCUACUCCAUUUUAAAACGUCCCCGUAAGGACCAUACCUAUCCUUAUCCGUAGCUAUCCUGAAUGUUAAGGAGUUGUGAUCACUGUUCCCUUACUGCUCACCCAGGCUUAAGAGCCAACAUCAGGUCCGGUGAGCCCCUCCUCUCAUUGGACUGUCCACAUAUUGAUUUAAGAAACUUUCCUGGAUGCACUUAAUAAAUUCCACCCCAUCUAAACCCCAUCAAAGCCCUAAAUUCAGCCCCAUCAAUACUAAGAAGGUUCCAGUUUAUAUUAGGGAAGUUGAAUUCCCCAUGAGAGCAACAUUUCCUUAAUCUGAUUUUAUAUCUGUUCCUCAAUGUCCUGGUGGCUAUUGACGGGUCUGUGUUCAAUCCCAUCAGUGUGAUUGCACCCUUCCUAUUCCUGAGUUCCAACCAUUCUGACCCCUCCAUUGUCCCCUCGAGUGCAGCUAUGAUAUUGUCCUUGAUUAACAGUGCAAUGCCUCCUCCAUCUUUUCUAAACCUUCAGAAGCCUGAUACAUUAAUCACACAUUCCUGCUCCUCUCUCAACCAUGUUUCAGUAAUGGCUACGGUUCACAGUUCCAUGCACUGAUCCACGCUCUAAGUUCAUCACACUUACCCAAAAUACUCCUAGCAUUAAAAUACACACACUUCAAAUUAUCCGUCCCAACAUACCUGUUAUUUUGAUUUUGCCUUUCAAUACUUCCCCUGGCAGCUACCUUCCGGUCUUAUCCUUCCCUUACUGACCUGGUGCUCUGGUUCCCAGUCCCCUGCAGAACUGGUUUAAACUCUCCUGAGUAGCAUUAGCAAGCCUCCCAGCCAGGAUACUUGUUCCCCUCAGUUUCAGGUGCAACCCAUGACUACCUCAUGUCUCCAACUAAAGCUCUCACUUCCUCUUUCCUCUAUGACAAGUGCUGGCUAUUCUUUUCCCGAUCAUGGGAGGAACAGGCUUGGGUCUUUGAAGGUUACCCUCUCACCUGCCCAGUUACAGAGCUGGCUGAGAACCUGUGUGCAACCCACUCCCUCCACCAUCCCUGGCAAGUGGUAGUACAACUAACAGUCAGCUCUUUCUUAUCCUGGCAUUCAGAUGAAUUCAGCUAGAUCUCAUCCACUCUACACUGGAAUCCAUCUUUCCUAACAGCUCUUAUUCCUUGACCUAAAGAUUCAUGUUUUUCCAAAUGGUGAGAGAGGACACAGAGUAGUCUACUCCCUCUUCCUUAUCAGUCAUAAACACAUUAUCAAACAUUCUGAUCCAACUUUCAGGAUUCAGGUCAUUCGUUCAGUGGUUGCCAUUGUUUUUUUUUGACAGGUGCAAUGUCUAAGACACACCUACCUUCAUCCACAGAAUACCUUCGGCAUCAUCAAGUUAAAACCAUCAACUUGGCCUACACUGUGCCUCUUAAUUAUACAACAGCUCCAACUCUACAAAUAUUAUAUUCAGGUGGGCUGGGUCAGUUUUCUGCUUGGAUUAUCCAAUUGUCAAACGGCAGUGGACAAUCAAUUCUUCCCCUUCCGAUCUUCAAGUGCUUUAUCAGGUUACCUUGUUCCUGAGCUGCCUGGUUAGCUUCACAAAAGUGACCCCUGUUUCAAUCCAUUUCAGAGCCACAGCCUGCAUGAUCGGUUUCCGUAGCCUGGCCCUCCUCAAUGACUGGUCAGUGGACUUCUGGCGAGUGUCAUACUGCAUUUUAAUUUUCAGAGUGCUAGGCAGCUGCUUAGAGGAGCCCACGGCCACUGAUUAUUGGGACAAGGCUUGAGGGGUCAGGAUAUUUAUAAAGCUUUGAAAUUUGCAUCACCUGGCCUUUCCUAACAAUGACUGUGAACAAGCCAUAUCCCUAACAAGCUAAUUAAGGUCUGAGACCUUGGUAAAAGUUAUCUGAGAGCUCAAAUCUAUUGGGAUGUCCAAACUUUUGCAUGGUGCUUCUUUCCUUUUUUUCCACUCUAAAAUUGUACAGAACAAAAAUAAUACACUAAUCUUGCUUAAAAUGUUGAAAAGAAUGUUUCAUCUUUAUGCCUUUUAGAAAUCCUGUCAUUUUUUUACUCGCUUAGCUAUUCACAGUAACAGAAAUUUUGACCAGGGGUGCCCAAACUUUUGCAUGCCACUCUAUCUACAACAGCCAUUUAACCUUGCACCUGAUCGAUCAUCUACCAGCUCUCAAGGGUCUUGUUAUUCAGUUUUGAUCUCAUUUUGUACCUAUAUGUUUUUUUGCCUUUGUCUGAUUGGAAAGUGAGCAGAUGGUACCCAAUGUCCCAAGCAAACAGUUCUACAAAAAAUAAUUUUCUUUUUCAUCUCUCUUUCCCCACCAGCUUGCGGAAUUUGGUACACUUGUCUCCUUAUGCCUUUUCAUUACUUCAAUUAUUCUGCUUUACUCUUUUCCCUUUACACAAACUUAGUUGUGUAUAGUUUAUGGCUCUUGGAUGCUCAUCUUCAACUUUCUUGCACUUCCAAGCCUGUAAGAACCUCAUCAAGAGCCCACACAUGGGCUCUUUGCUUAAAGCCAUAAAGCCAUCAAGAGCAUUCAAUAUUAUUUCUAUGAUACUAGCUAAAUUUCUACAGCGGUAAUUGGAAUAGAGAAUUGAACCAAGAUCUAGGAGAACUACCAACAAUGAAAAUUUUAAAAAAUAUAAUUCUAUUUCAUUUCUCACCAAUGCCAUCCAACAUUUUGUAGAUCAUAACUUUUUAGCCCAUUCUUUCUAAGUUUCAAAGUAUAUUUAUUGUCACUAAUCUUGCUUAAAAUGUUGAAAAAUUAUACAACCUUGAGAUCUGUUUGCUUACAAGCAGCCACAAAGCAAGAAACCCGAAAGAACCCAAUUUAAAAAAAUAAAAAUAAAGACAAUAUCUGAUGCGCAGAGAAAGGGGGAGAAAAACACAGAUCAUGCAAACAACAGAAGCGAGAAAGAACACUCCAAACUAAUGUGAGUUCUUAGAUCCGAACCCCGGAGCGGUCCUAAGCAGGCCCAAAGCCUCGUUCUCAGUUCAUCAUAUUAGCGGGCAUGGAGCAGAGCAGCCAGAGCAGUCUUCAUAGGCUCAGUGCCAUAGAGAGAGGAGUGAACAUCACGGAAGAGCAAACGAUGACUUUCCAAUCUAUCUGUGCUAGAAACCAGGCUGUGCCGCAGUGAAAUGCAUGGGCCUAGACCAGGGGUCGGCAACCCGCAGCUCCAGAGCCGCAUGCAACUCUUUCAUCAAUGUGAUGCGGCUCCCUGUGGCUUUGGAAAAUAAAUGAUGAGUAUUUAAUUAAAAUGUAUUUUAUGUUAGUUUGUUAGUUUCUGAAAUGUAAUUCUAACUUUGAAGAUUAUGGUGAUCUUGUCCAAUCUAAAUAAAAUGUGCUUUUUGUCGCUAUUAAUAUACGUCACCACUGUCAAUGCCUGACACCCGCCAGUGCGCGAUUUCUUUAAUCUUUCGAUCCAAGGUAAGCUAACUACGGAGAAUUCUAAAAAAAGAAAAGUGACUGAAGAAAACAGAACGUUUAAUGAUACGUGGGCAGAUUCAUUUGCUUUCACUGCUGAUGAGACUGGUUUACCGGUAUGCUUAAUAUGCAAUGAGAAGCUAGCAAACAACAAAAAGUCAAAAGUCGCAAGACAUUUCCAGAAUAAACACGCAGCCUUUGCUCAAAAAUAUCCGGAUGGAGAUGAGAGAAAAAAAGCCGUUUCGGAACUGAUGCGGAAGGUUGAUUGGAGCAAAAAUCAUUUCAUCAAGAAGUGGAUGAAGUCUGGAAAAUCAACUACAUAUGCUAGUUUUGUUGCCGCUCAGGAAAUAGUCAGGCACGGGAAGCAGUUUACAGAUGGUGAAUAUAUAAAAUAAUCUUUCAUUAAGAUUUCAGAACAUCUAUUCACGGACUUUAAAAACAAGAGUGAAAUUGUGCAGAAAAUCAGGGAUAUGCCCCUCUCUGCAAAGACUGUCAAAGACAGAACCAUAAAAAUGGCAGAAGACUUCACAAGCCAGCAAAUUAAAGACAUCAGUUCAGCUGUGGCCUACUCAAUUGCCUGUGACGAGUCUAAAGACAAAGGUGAUAUUGAACAAAUAGCGCUGUUCUGCCCGUAUGUAAACUCUGCCGGGCCACAGGAAGAAAUGAUUGAGUUGAUACCUCUAAAAGGCCAAAGAGGAAAGAGGACAUAUGUGAGGCUGUCUUGAAUUGUUUAAGAGCCAAAGGAUUAAAGAUCACCCACCUGGUGUCUGUAGCUACUGAUGGGGCACCAAGUAUGACAGGAGCGCACAAGGGAUUUGUGGCUUUACUGCAGAAGUCGCUGGACAGAAAGCUGCUGACUUUUCACUGCAUCUUGCACCAAGAGGCACUGUGUGCUCAAACAUUUCCUCCGGAAUGCACAGAAGUAAUGGAUGUUGUCAUUCAGAUUGUCAAUAAAAUAAUGGCUAAAAGUUUAAAUCACUGUCAAUUCCGUUUGUUACUGGACGAGCUGGAAAGCGCAUAUUCUGAUCUCCUGCUGCACAACAAAGUCUGGGGGCUGUCAAGAGGGGAGGUGCUGAAACGCUUUGUCGCGUGUCUGGAAGAAGUGAAAACUUUCCUGGGCAGCAAAGGGCUCACCUUUCCUGAGCUGGAACAGCCAGAGUGGCUGGAAAAGCUACACUUCAUGGUAGACAUGACAGCGCACCUGAGCACACUGAAAACAGCUCUUCAGGGGAAAGGACGUACAGCCCUGCACAUGUUGGAGGAUGUUUUGGCAUUCGAGCGCAAGUUGACAGUGCUUGCCAGAGAUUUACAGAAAGGCACAUUGUCUCGCUUCCCCAAUUUGAGAGAGUUCAAACAAGCUCACGACAUGAUAAACUCGGAGUAUUUACAUUCUGCAAUCAUCGCAAAGCAAACAUCGUUUGGGAAACGCUUCUGUGAGUUCAGAGAGGAAAAAAACACAUUAUCCUUCCCGGUCACUCCCUUAAGCAUCGAUCCUUCCCUACUGAAUACGACUGCAUUGGCAGGAGUGAGUCAACCUGAUCUUGAGAUGGAACUGGCCAACAUAGCCGACAAAGACACAUGGGUGUCCAAGUUUAGACGCUUGACAGCAGACCUUGAAGAUGUUGCCCGUCAGAAGGCCGUUCUUGCUCAGAAUCACAAAUGGAGUGAUAUUGAAAACCUCCGUAAACCGGACAAACUUGUGUUCGAAACAUGGAAUGCUAUCCCCAACAUUUAUGUAAACAUUAAAAAGUAUGCGCUUGGAGUCCUGUCCAUCUUUGGAUCCACAUAUGUAUGUGAACAGGUGUUCUCCAACAUGAACUUUAUUAAAAACAAAUAUCGUGCACGCCUCACAGAUGACAGCUUGCGAUCCUGUGUAAAGAUGAAGGUGAUGUCAUACAGCCCUGAUGUGCAGACACUGUACGCUGAGGUCCAGGAGCAGAAAUCCCAUUAACCAAGUAUGAUAAAUAUUUUAAUUGCCUAUUAUUUUACGUAUAUUCAUAUUUUUUCAUUGUUCAGUAAAAUAGUCCUUUUAUUUUUCAGGUUGACAGCUGGCUGACGUUAUUUUUGGUUUGCUGCUGGUGGAUAAUUUAAGUUUGGCGUUUUUCAUAAAUACAAGAAGGACUCAAAUAGACAUUGAGUAUGUUACUUAAAAGUAACCUUCAACCCAACGUCUUUUUUUCGGAGUUCAAAAUGUUUUUGUUGCAUGCAGUAAUGUAAUUUCGUUUUCUCUGCAGGAGUUCAUCGAUUUCAUAAAUGCAACACAUUAUAGUUUGU